UCCUCCCACCUUACGACACCCCAUUGGUUGGAGUGGUGCGAAUGACGUCAUCAGCCCGCGCUCUCUCUCUUUCUGUGUCUACGCCGCCCGCGAGUCUCCUCCAUCUCCGCGAGUUAGUAGUUGUCGCGAUGGACUGGCGCCCAGAUGAGGAAGGAUUGCAGCAGGUCCUUCAGCUGCUUAAAGACUCGCAGUCCCCAGACACAGCCACGCAGCGGGUAGUCCAGGAUAAAUUAAAACAUUUGAACCAGUAUCCAGAUUUCAACAACUACUUAAUCUUUGUGCUGACGCGGCUCAAGUCUGAAGAUGAGCCAACACGAUCCCUGAGUGGUUUGAUCCUGAAAAACAAUGUGAAGGCCCAUUAUCAGAGCUUCCCUCAACCAGUGUCUGAAUUUAUCAAGCAGGAAUGUUUGAACAGCAUUGGCGAUUCUUCUUCUCUCAUCAGAGCAACAAUUGGUAUACUUAUUACUACCAUUGCAUCGAAGGGUGAACUGCAGACGUGGCCAGAGCUCCUUCCUCAGCUAUGUAACUUGCUGAACUCUGAGGAUUACAACACGUGUGAGGGUGCGUUUGGGGCUCUGCAGAAGAUCUGUGAAGAUUCCUCUGAACUCCUUGACAGUGAUGCGCUCAACAGGCCCCUCAACAUCAUGAUCCCUAAAUUCCUCCAGUUUUUUAAGCAUUGCAGUCCCAAAAUCAGGUCUCAUGCUAUCGCCUGUGUCAAUCAGUUUAUCACAGAUCGAGCGCAAGCACUCAUGGAUAAUAUAGACACUUUUAUUGAGCACCUUUUUGCCCUGGCAGUGGAUGAAGACCCUGAGGUUCGGAAGAACGUGUGCCGUGCGCUGGUCAUGUUGCUGGAGGUCCGAAUAGACCGGCUACUGCCUCACAUGCACAGCAUAAUCCAGUAUAUGCUGGAAAGGACGCAGGACAGCGAUGAGAACGUAGCACUGGAAGCCUGUGAAUUUUGGCUCACCUUGGCAGACCAGCCUAUCUGCAAGGAUGCCCUCGCUAAUCACCUCCUGCAAUUGAUUCCAAUCUUGGUGAAUGGGAUGAAAUAUAACGAGAUUGACAUAAUACUACUGAAGGGGGAUGUGGAGGAGGAUGAGACCGUGCCGGACAGUGAGCAGGACAUCAAGCCACGGUUCCACAAGUCUCGCACAGUGACACUGCAGCACGAGGAAGAUCGUGCAGAAGGUGAUGAUGAUGCAGAUGACGAGGACGAUGACGAUGAUACAUUGUCUGACUGGAAUUUGAGAAAAUGUUCUGCUGCUGCUCUCGACGUCCUUGCCAAUGUGUUCCGGGAGGAGUUGCUCCCUCACCUUCUGCCUCUUCUGAAAGGUCUCCUUUUCCAUCCCGAGUGGGUCAUAAAGGAGUCAGGAAUCCUGGUCCUUGGGGCAAUUGCUGAAGGUUGCAUGCAGGGAAUGGUUCCUUACCUCCCAGAACUUAUCCCUCAUCUGAUCCAGUGCUUGUCUGAUAAGAAGGCAUUGGUCCGCUCCAUUGCCUGCUGGACACUGAGCCGAUAUGCCCAUUGGGUCGUCAGCCAACCUCCUGACCUCUACUUGAAGCCGCUAAUGACGGAGCUCCUCAAACGCAUCUUGGACAGCAACAAGAGGGUGCAGGAGGCAGCUUGCAGCGCUUUUGCUACGUUGGAAGAAGAGGCCUGCACAGAAUUGGUUCCGUACUUGAGCUUCAUAUUGGAUACGUUGGUGUUUGCAUUUGGGAAAUACCAGCACAAGAAUCUUCUGAUCUUGUAUGAUGCGAUUGGGACGCUGGCAGAUUCUGUGGGACACCAUUUAAAUCAACCUGAGUACAUCCAAAAACUUAUGCCCCCAUUGAUCCAGAAAUGGAAUGAACUGAAGGAUGAAGAUAAAGACCUUUUCCCCCUGUUAGAGUGCUUAUCGUCCAUCGCCACCGCUCUGCAGAGUGGAUUCCUUCCGUAUUGUGAGCCGGUCUACCAGCGCUGUGUCACCUUGGUACAAAAGACCCUUGCUCAGGCCAUGAUGUACAGUCAACAUCCGGAUCAGUAUGAAGCUCCAGAUAAGGAUUUUAUGAUUGUUGCCCUGGACCUCUUGAGUGGACUUGCAGAAGGACUUGGUGGACACGUGGAGCAAUUAGUAGCCAGGAGCAACAUCAUGACCCUUCUAUUCCAAUGCAUGCAGGACAUAAUGCCUGAGGUUCGACAAAGUUCCUUUGCUCUGUUAGGGGACCUAACAAAGGCCUGCUUCCUGCAUGUGAAACCAUGUAUCUCUGAAUUUAUGCCCAUUCUUGGCACCAACCUAAAUCCAGAGUUUAUAUCGGUCUGUAACAAUGCAACGUGGGCCAUUGGAGAGAUCUGCAUGCAGAUGGGGGCAGAAAUGCAGCCAUAUGUUUCGAUGGUUUUAAACAAUCUUGUGGAAAUUAUCAACCGGCCAAACACCCCGAAAACACUUCUGGAAAACACAGCCAUUACGAUCGGGCGCCUGGGUUGUGUAUGUCCCCAAGAAGUGGCACCCAUGCUUCAGCAGUUUAUCAGGCCCUGGUGCACGUCACUACGCAACAUCCGUGACAAUGAGGAAAAAGACUCUGCCUUCAGGGGGAUCUGUAUUAUGAUUGGGGUUAACCCAGGAGGUGUAGUGCAGGAUUUUAUCUUUUUCUGUGACGCGGUUGCAUCGUGGGUUAGUCCGAAGGAUGAUCUCCGAGAUAUGUUCUAUAAGAUUUUGCACGGUUUCAAAGAGCAGGUAGGGGAGGAAAACUGGAACCAGUUCUCCGAGCAGUUCCCUCCGCUGCUGAAGGAACGUCUGGCUGCAUUCUAUGGGGUUUAAAGCAAGCAGAAGAGGAUCUACGCAAACCCAGCAUGGGAGGUGCCUGUUUGGUCCAUGCGGUCAUUGAGAAGAAUGGUGUCCAACACCCCACCCAUCCAGUCUUUAGCGGGGUUUUCAGGGAACUGUCAGGGCCAGUACCACCAUCCCUCCACCCCAAAUUCCUGGGAACAUCUGUGAAGAGUAGGAGGACAAAACAAGAUUUCAACUUGCAACACCCUAAAUUAUUUUUUUAAAUUGACUAUUUUUUUUUUUUUUAAAUCAAGCAUUAAGGGUGGGGUUGGGCCUUGGUUCAAGACGUUCCCUGAAGGGAGGGUAUAGGGACCUACUACAUGAGCUGAUAACAUGCAUAGCGGGUUGGUUAGUGGGUCGGGAGGAGGGGCGGGAGGAUUAGAAUACAGAGCGGGAGGGAGGUUGGGAAUCCAUAGAUGCAUCAAGACGUUUGGCUGAUAAUCUGCCGUGAAGAUGAGGCAGGAGCCAAAAUACCAUAUCACAUCAGGAUAGGAAAGCUGGCCAUUAUCAUUGCAGGUCUGUGGUGCAGCUGGAGGGAAGGGGAACCUUUUUCGUGGUAAUGAAUUGGGCUGGAAGAGGGAGGUUACUUUCUGAAGUUAAUAGCAUAUAUGAAACAAGUCUUAAUCUGCUGCCCCAUUCCAGUUUUUAAAAGAUUUAGGACACUGGCACAUGGUCCACCAGCAUUCAGUCCAUUGUGGUGGAUAUUUGUCUUAAUUUCUGUCUAGCUUCAAGGGUUUCACUAUCCACUGAUGGAAGCAGUUUUAGAAACGGGUAUUUUUAUUUAUUUUUUUAAAAAUUUUCUUCUUCAGUCAUCAGCAUCAGAACACCACCUCUGUGUCGCAAGUUUCCGGUACUAGCAUGAAGGAUUUUAUGUCUGCACCAUUUAGUGCUCCACUUCUUCGUGUACUUCCUGCAUUCCGCAGUGGCUGCAAGUAAACCAUACUUGCAUGAAGAUGGAGAGCGUAGCACAGACGAUCUUCGCAGGACUAUUUACCUACACCUUGAGUGUGCCCGCUUUCACCUGAACUCCUGCUAUUUUAAUCCAUAUGGUGUCCAUUGCCAAGAGAGGCAGAAGCCUGCCCCUUUGUAGAUACCUGCAUGGAACAUGUGUUUACAGACACUGAUGGGUCUAAAUGAUGCCCUGUAACAAAAAAAAGCUUACCUCUUUAUAUACUAACACUAUGACAACUGAAUCAGGACAACUUUUAUGUUUUAUUUUUAUUAUUUAAUAUGAUUUUUAGAUUUUAUGUUUGAACCCUCAGUGAGGUGUAAAUGUAAGAUAACGUUCACCAUCACUCCAAUAACUGCUUUCAAUUGUGGGACCUGCACCCUAUCAGACUAUGUUAUGCAUUAUAGGUCCCACAGGUGGGGAACGAAAACACGCAUAGCACUAGAAAUUAGGAAUCCAGUGGGGUCUGUUCAAACAUUCCAGGUUUCUAUUCUCCCCAUAAAGUAAUAUAUGGAUUUUAUUUAGAGAAUCUUUAGAAAUUCCAGGACACCCUAAAAGUGAUUAUUGAUUCAUAGACUGGGACCUAGCUAAAAUUUGGGGGAGAAGGGUUACAAUGGGUUAGGCUUGUUAAGUAAGUUAGAGGGGCAUAGUGGAUGCAGCAGGGAAGUGAAGUGAAUAACCUGGACUUUGACUCACAUCAACCAAAUGUAUUUUGGUACUGAGGGGACUAUUUUGACUCAUCAAGAUCCGGAGGAUGAGAAAGAUAGCUAGAUGUUAUAACCUCUCUGGAGAGGGCACAAUGAUAUGUGCAGGGUGCGAUGAGGUGGUGCCCAUUCUUUACCACCUUCCCUCCCUGUUUUGUACAGUAGGGCACACCACUAGGCUCCAGUUGAAUUCUGGGUCUGUAUAUUGGUAUUUGUGAUGUAAUGUUUCCUAUGGUAAAACUGCAGUGUACUUAGUGUAAAGCUGUCUGCUUGCACCUUUGCUCAGAUGAGAAUUAUAUUCUCAUUUUAUGUAUAUUUUUUUUUUGUUCGUUUAUUUUUUUUGUUAACUAAAAUGCAGUUUUUUUGUGAUUCUAAAA